AUGCUGCAACUGGGCAUAAUUCGGCCGUUCGAGAGUCCAUGGGCGUCCACUCUGCAUAUGGUGCUCAAGGCAACAUCAGACGACUGGCGGCCCUGUGGUGACUAUCGCGCCCUCAACAAUGCGACCAUCCCGGAUCGUUAUCCCGUCCCUCAUCUUCAAGAUUUUGCUGAAGCUCUUUUCGGUAAAUCGGUUUUCUCGAAGAUUGACCUUGUUCGGGCCUUCCAUCAGAUUCCUGUCGCUCCUGAGGAUGUUCCCAAAACUGCCGUCACCACACCAUUCGGCCUGUUCGAAUUUAUUCGCAUGCCGUUUGGUCUUCGCAAUGCUGCCCAAACAUUUCAGAGGUCCAUUGUUCGAGUCCUACGUGGUUUCCCGUUUGUGUACGCCUACAUCGAUGACCUCUUGGUGGCCAGUCGAAAUGCCGAGGGACACAAAGAGCACCUUGCCUUAAUUGUUUGA